AUGUCGUCCACCUUCGACUCCUGCGUGCCGAACCCCGUCUGCAAGAGCGGCACCUACAACUUCAACGACCUGAACGACGUGCAGUCCAUCGACAAGUACCUCGGUGACAAUUCCAAGAUCAACUGGCAGGCCCAAGGCAACCCCGUCAAAUAUCCGUCUGGCGGUGUUGCCCUGACCAUGGCUGAGGGCACCGUUGGGACGCUGCUGGCCUCGACCUUCUACGUAUGGUACGGCAAGAUCUGCGCCACCAUGUCUACCAGCCAGGGUCAGGGUGUCGUCACGGCUUUCAUCAUGAUGUCCGAUGUCAAGGACGAAAUUGAUUUCGAAUUCAUCGGCAAUGAUGUCGGCAAUGCGCAGUCUAAUUGGUAUUCGCAGGGUGUCACCAACUACCUGAACAUGGAGGAGCUCAAGGUUUCCCCCGAUACCGUAUCCAAGACGCACGAAUACUGCGUGGAUUGGUCCGAAGACGAGCUCAGUUGGUCCGUUGACGGCAACAAGGGCCGCACCGUGAAGCGCUCAGACUCCUGGAACGGGACUGCUGGCCGCUUCGACUUUCCCCAGACCCCUUCGCGCAUCAUGCUUUCGCUCUGGCCUGCCGGUCUUCCGUCAAACGGCAAAGGAACCAUCGACUGGGCUGGCGGUGAGAUCGAUUGGAAUAGCAAGUACAUGACCAACGGCAUGUACGCUGCUCUUGUCACCAAGGUUACCGUCGACUGCUACGACGCUCCUUCUGGUAUCAAGUCGACUGGAUCCAAGAGCUACAAGUACACCGACGAGAACCCCACCAACAAUACGGUCGAGAUGACCAACGAUAUCAUUGUCUUGGGAUCCCUCAUGGACACCGGUGACGAGCCUGGAUCCACGGCCUCGGCCUCGGCAUCCAAAUCCAGCUCCGCCGCCAAGGCGACUAAGUCGGUAAACAUGGUCCCUGGAGGAAAUCCCGGUGGUGGUGCCCGCCAGGAGACUCCCGUCGCUGCUUCCAACACAGCUCAAGCUACGUCCGGAUCUUCAGAAAGUGGUUCAUCGGGCAGCAGUGAAAGCAGCGGCUCAAGCAGCGGCAGCAGCGGUAGCAGCGGUAGCAGUGGCUGGUCGCAAGGCGACACUGGCGCCACUGGCAACACUGGUUCAGCACCUAGCCUCGCCAAGAUUAGUGGCUCUACGAUUGCCAUUGUCUUUGCCAUCUUCGGCCUUCUUGUCCUGUAG